GACUAUGAAGUGACAGUGAAUACAACAGAUCCUGAUUUCACGCCAUGUUUUCAAAAAACAGUUUUAACAUGGACACCAUGUGUAUUUCUAAUAUUCUCAGCUAUUGUACGAGUUAUAUCUUUAUAUGGUGUGAGAAAACAUAGUAUAACAUGGACAUGGCUUAGUAAAGUCAGAAUAUUCUUAGGAGCAUUAAUUGGAAUAAUGAAUUUAAUGGAAUUUCUGUACAGUUUACAAGAAUAUGCUGAUAAUAUUAUUCUUCCUGUAGUUUAUUUUCUUACACCAUUAGUUGUAUUUAUUACAAUGAUUAUUUAUUGUUUUAUGAUAAAUUUUGAGAGAAGAAAAGGAAUACGUAAUUGUGGUUUUAUGUUUGUAUUCUGGUUAUUAUAUACUAUUUGUGGUCUAGUGAUAUUCAGAUCUAAAAUACGCCAUGCUGUCUUACUGAAUGAAGUCCGAGAUGAAGUGAGAUUUUCUAUAUUUAUUGUUUGUUAUCCUAUUGUUGUUGUUCAGUUGAUACUAUCAAUAUUUGUUGAUAAACAGCCUAAAAAUCUACCAGAUCAACCACAGAUUUCAUGUCCUGAAAACAGUGCUUCAUUUAUAUCUAAAAUAACAUUUUGGUGGUUUACACAACUAGUUAUUGAAGGGUAUAAGAAAGCGUUAGAAAGAAAAGAUCUCUGGUCGUUAAACUAUGUAGAUACAUCAUCACAUAUAGUACAACGCUUUGAUAAAUAUUGGCAAUAUGAAAGUCAGUGUGUAUCAAAUGAAAAUAAUGAUAAAAUACAGUUUAAAGAUGGCCAGUCAUAUACAGAGAUAAAAAAUGGCCAGAGGACUUAUAAACCAAGACUACUAAUCUGUUUAAUUAAAACUUUUGGUGGGUUCUGUCUGAAAGCUGCCAUAUUUAAAUUUAUAUAUGAUGUCCUCCAAUUUGUUAGUCCACAGUUAUUGAAAUUAUUGAUCAACUUUACUAAAGACAAAGAUUCGUAUUUAUGGGUUGGAUUAUUUUAUGCUGGUUGUAUGUUUACUGUGGCUUUAAUUCAAUCAUUUAUAUUACAUCAGUAUUUUCAUGGUUGUUUUUUACUGGGUAUGAGAAUACGUACUGCCAUUGUAUCUGCAGUUUAUAGAAAAACCCUGGUUUUGUCAAAUACAUCUAGAAAGAAUUCAACUGUUGGUGAAAUAGUCAAUUUGAUGUCAGUUGAUGCUCAGAGGUUUAUGGACUUGAUGACCUAUUUCCAUACGAUAUGGUCUGGACCCUUACAGAUAGCAAUAGCUAUAUAUUUUCUAUGGCAGACGUUAGGACCCUCUAUAUUAGCUGGUCUAGGUGUUAUGAUAUUAUUGAUUCCUAUUAAUGCUGUCAUGGCCAAUAAAACUAAAGAAUUUCAGUUUGAACAAAUGUUGUUAAAAGACAAAAGAAUCAAAUUAAUGAAUGAGAUUUUAAAUGGGAUUAAGGUAUUAAAGUUAUAUGCCUGGGAACCAUCAUUUGAAGAACAAGUAUUGGGUAUCAGAAAAGAGGAGUUAUAUGUAUUAAAGAAAGCUGCCUAUUUAAAUGCUGCUUCCUCGUUUACUUGGACAUGUGCUCCAGUUAUGGUAUCAUUAACAACAUUUGCUGUAUAUACUCUAUCUAGUGAUGAGAACAUACUGGAUGCUGAGAAAGCUUUUGUUAGUUUAUCAUUAUUUAAUAUUUUACGUUUUCCAUUAUCAAUGUUACCUCAAGUUAUUACCAGUAUAGUUCAGGCUAGUGUAUCAUUAAAAAGAUUAGAUAAAUUUUUAGGUCAACCAGAGUUAGAUCCAGUAGCGGUUGAUAGACACAGUGAUAAGGGACAAACAAUAUCAAUAGAAAAUGGAACUUUUACCUGGGAAACAGAUCUCAAACCAACUUUAUCAGAAAUCGAUUUAGAAAUAAAAAAAGGAAGUCUGGUUGCUGUAGUUGGAGCAGUAGGAGCUGGGAAAUCUUCAUUUUUAUCAGCAUUAUUAGGAGAGAUGGAGAAAACAAGUGGUACAGUAGCAGUACAGGGAAGUGUAGCCUACGUACAGCAACAAGCGUGGAUACAGAAUGAAACUCUACAGAAUAAUAUAUUAUUUGGUAAAACAUUAGAUAAAACUGUGUAUGAUAAAGUAAUAUAUAGUUGUGCUCUACAACCUGAUAUAGAAAUGUUACCUGGUGGAGAUCAAACAGAGAUUGGUGAGAAGGGUAUUAAUUUAAGUGGUGGACAGAAACAGAGAGUCAGUGUAGCUAGAGCACUGUAUCAGAAUACUGAUAUAUAUUUAUUAGAUGAUCCACUCAGUGCUGUAGACUCACAUGUUGGUAAACAUAUCUUUGAUAAUGUUAUUGGUCCAAAUGGUCUUCUUAACAAUAAGACAAGGGUAUUAGUUACUCAUGGUAUUAGUUAUUUACCUAAAGUUGAUAAGAUAGUAGUAUUGGUAGACGGUAGAAUAUCAGAGGCAGGAUCAUUUCAAGAAUUACUAGAUCAUAAUGGUGCCUUCUCGUCAUUUCUUAAGAAUUAUUUAUUAGAAGAGGUUGGAGGAGACAGAGAAAACAUAUCAAGAAAUACGUUUUAUGUUUUGAUUUAUAGGAGUUAUGAAAAUUUAGCCUUAAAAACACAAUUAAGUGAGAGUCGGACAUCAUUAAAAGAAUCAGUAUUGAAAGAGGUAGAGAAACAGAGAGUUGAAGAAGUUAAAGAUGUAAAAGAAAUAAAAUCUGCUGUUAAAACUGAUGAUAAAUUGAUACAAGCUGAGAGUGUAGAAACUGGAAGAGUGAAAUUUACAGUAUUCUCAGCAUAUAUAAAAGCUGUUGGUCCAUUAUUGACUGUUUUUAUAAUAUUUUUCUUUAUAAUGACCAAUGCAGCUGCUAUAUAUUCUAAUAUCUGGCUCAGUGAAUGGAGUGAUGACUCAAUACUUCCUAAUUCUACUAGAUUUGAUUAUCAAAGAGACAUGAGAUUGGGUGUUUACGCAGCUUUAGGUGUCCUUCAAGGUUUAUUUGUGUUAAUAGCAGUUUUAUUGAAGGCAAUAGGAGCCAGAGAUGCUUCUAAGAUACUACACAAGAAUUUCUUACUAAACGUCAUGAGAUCACCAAUGAAAUUUUUUGAUACAACACCAUUAGGCCGUUUAGUUAAUAGGUUCGGCAAGGAUGUAGAUGUAAUAGAUAUAACAAUACCACAAACUAUCAGGAUGUGGCUACACUGUUUUCUCACAGUUGUUAGUACAUUUGUAGUGGUCUCAAUCAGUACACCUUAUUUCAUGACAGUCGCCAUACCAUUACUUAUAUUAUACUAUUUUAUUCAGAGAUUCUACAUAGCCACAUCUCGCCAGUUAAAGAGAUUAGAAUCUAUCAGUAGAUCUCCUAUUUAUUCUCAUUUUGGUGAAACAGUAACAGGAGCUGUGACAAUACGAGCAUUCGGACAACAGGAAAGAUUUAUAACAGAAUCUGAAAAUAAAGUGGAUGAAAAUCAGAUUUGUUAUUUUCCCAGUAUAACAUCUAAUAGAUGGUUAGCUAUCAGACUGGAAUUUAUUGGUAAUUUAAUCGUAUUUUUCGCCUCGUUGUUUGCUGUAUUAGGUAGAGAAAGUUUAAGUCCUGGUAUUGUUGGUUUAUCAAUAUCAUACGCUUUAAAUGUCACACAAACAUUAAACUUUCUAGUUCGAAUGACAUGUGAAUUAGAAACUAAUAUAGUCGCUGUUGAAAGAGUUAAAGAAUAUUCUGAAACUCCAACUGAGGCUGAUUGGAUAGUUGAAAAUAACAGACCAGAUAAAGAAUGGCCUAUUAAAGGUGAAGUUGAGUUUUCCAACUUUCAGUUAAGAUAUAGAGAAGGUUUAGAUUUAGUUUUAAAAGGAAUUGAUUGUAAAAUUAAAUCUGGUGAAAAGAUUGGUAUAGUAGGUAGAACAGGAGCUGGUAAAUCAUCAUUAACUCUAGCUUUAUUUCGUAUUAUUGAAUCAGCUGGUGGUAAAAUAACUAUAGAUAAUAUUAAUAUAGCUGAUAUAGGAUUACAUGAUUUACGAUCAAAACUAACCAUUAUACCUCAGGAUCCUGUAUUAUUUUCGGGAUCAUUACGAAUGAAUUUAGAUCCAUUUGAAGAGUUUGAUGAUGAUAAAAUAUGGCAAGCAUUAGAACAUGCUCAUCUGAAAUCAUUUGUUACUAGUUUACCUGCUCAGUUAAAUCAUGAAUGUAGUGAAGGUGGAGAGAAUCUCAGUGUUGGUCAAAGACAGCUGAUAUGUCUUUCUAGAGCUUUAUUAAGGAAAUCUAGAAUAUUAAUAUUAGAUGAAGCUACAGCUGCUAUAGAUCUAGAAACAGAUGAUUUAAUACAGGCUACUAUUAAAAUAGAGUUUGAAUCUUGUACUGUAUUAACUAUAGCUCAUAGAUUAAAUACUAUUCUAGAUUAUGACAGAAUCAUGGUAUUAGAUAGUGGAAGAAUUAAAGAAUUAGACGAUCCACAUAACUUGUUACGUGAUGAAAAUACUGUUUUCUAUGGUAUGGCUAAAGAUGCUGGUUUAGUUUGA